AUGUGUGUUGAUAGUCGUGCUAUCAACAAGAUUACUGUGAAAUAUCGUUUUCCGAUCCCACGACUAGACGACAUGUUAGACAUGAUGACUGGAGCAACACUGUUCUCAAAAGUUGAUCUUAAAAGCGGAUAUCAUCAGAUCAGAAUUCGCUCGGGUGAUGAAUGGAAAACGGCCUUUAAAACAAAAGACUGGUUGUAUGAAUGGAUGGUUAUGCCCUUUGGUCUUAGUAACGCUCCUAGCACCUUCAUGCGGAUUAUGACCCAAGUCCUUCGACCCUUUCUCGGAAAAUUCGUGGUCGUCUACUUCGAUGAUAUUUUGAUCUAUAGCAAAUCGGUAGACAAACAUUUGGAACACUUGAAGCAGGUCUGUGAGAUUUUGAGGAAAGAACAGCUGUAUGCAAACCCUCAGAAAUGUGUGUUUCUUACUGAUAGUGUUACCUUUCUCGGUUUCAUAAUCUCAUCUCGAGGAAUUUCAGCCGUCGCCGAGAAGGUUAGAGCAAUCAAUGAGUGGCCUGAGCCUAGAAAUAUCAGAGAUGUUCGGAGUUUUCACGGAUUGGCCACAUUUUAUAGGAGGUUUAUUAGAAACUUUAGCACUAUAGUGGCACCCAUAACCGACUGCCUCAAGAAAGGAGAAUUUAAUUGGACUUUAGCUGCAACGAAGGCUUUCGAUGAUAUUAAAAAGAAAAUGGUUGAAGCCCCUGUUAUUCGUCUCCCUGAUUUUUCUAAAGUCUUUGAAGUAACCUGUGACGCAUCAGGAAUUGGGAUAGGAGUUUUAUCCCAAGAAGGACAUCCUGUGGCAUAUUUUAGUGAGAAGCUGAACGACAUUCGUCAGAGACAUAAGGCUGGAUCUGAGAAUAAAGCUGCGAAUGCCCUUAGCAGGAGGCUAAUGAUUACUCAAGAAAUUAGAACUGAGGUUACCGGAUUUGAACGCCUUAAGGAGGAUUACUUGGACUGCCCUGAUUUCAAAGAAACUUACUCCCUACUGACCAGCGGAGAAGAUCAAAUAAUAAAUGAUAUUAUGGCAGAAGAUGGUUAUCUGUUCAAGUCACAAAGACUUUGUAUUCCCAACACUUUACUACGAGAAUUUCUAGUUUGGGAGUUACAUGCUGGAGGUCUAGCUGGCCACUUUGGCCAAUCCAAAACUAUUGCAGCGCUAGAGAAUCGAUUCUUUUGGCCCACCCUUAAGCACGACGUAGGAAAGCUUAUAAAGAGAUGUCACACCUGCCAGCUUGCCAAACAAUGUAAGCAGAACACGAGCCUCUACACCCCACUCCCCGUACCAAAUUGCCCUUGGCAGGAUGUAAGUAUGGACUUUGUAUUAGGUUUGCCUAAGACCAUUAGAAAGCACGAUUCAGUCUACGUUGUCGUUGAUAGAUUCUCAAAGAUGGCCCAUUUCCUCCCCUGCUCUAAAACUUUUGAUGCUUCUCGGGUUGCUAAGCUCUACUUUGAUGAAAUUGUGAUACUUCAUGGACUACCGAAGACUAUUGUCUCUGAUAGGGAUGUUAAGUUCACGAGUUAUUUUUGGAAAACAUUAUGGUUUAAGAUGGGUACAAAAUUACAGUUUUCCACAGCCUUCCACCCACAGACCGAUGGUCAGACUGAAGUCGUUAACAGAAGCUUAGGAAACCUUUUAAGAACGUUAGUAGGUGAAAACCUUAGAGAUUGGGAUUCUAAGUUGCCCAUUGCCGAGUUUGCCUAUAACAAUUCUGUCAACAGAACCACGGGUCUGAGUCUUGCCGAGAUCGUGUACGGAUACCAGCCUAGGCAACCUAUAGAUCUAAUUCCCAUGACACUACAGGAAAAAUGCCGAUUACUGGUGGUUCAAACCGGCGGUUUAUGGACCACCGAUUUUAAUGGCGGUUUCGCCGGCGGUCCGACCGCCGGUUUUUACCGUCGGCCUAACCGGUGGUUUUGUUACGUUAAGCCGCUGGUACAAGCGACGGUCACAUAA